ACGUGCAGACCAAAGCAGCAGCUGGCUGAGACGCGACCGGCGUGGGAUUGGUGGAAUACAAGCGACGGGCUGGGGCUGCGAGCGCUGCGGGAGUUGUAAAGACGACCGCAGCACCUCCGGCCAUUCCGGAACGCACACGGUCGCUGGCACUGCGGGAUCAAGGGCUGCGCUGGCCAGAGGCCGCCCCUGAGCUGGCCUCCCCGCUCUGCUGUCGGGCGUUCCCAGGCCCACUCGUGCCGCCAGCCCGCCAGCUCUUCCGGGAGGCCGGGGCAUGAACGGCUACGGCUCCCCCUAUCUGUACAUGGGCGGCCCGGUGUCGCAGCCUCCGAGGGCGCCCCUGCAGCGCACACCCAAAUGCGCGCGCUGCCGCAACCACGGCGUGCUGUCUUGGCUCAAGGGCCACAAGCGCUACUGCCGCUUCAAAGACUGCACCUGCGAAAAGUGCAUCCUCAUUAUCGAGCGGCAGCGGGUCAUGGCGGCGCAGGUGGCACUGCGCCGGCAGCAGGCCAACGAAAGCCUUGAGAGCCUCAUCCCGGACUCGCUGCGAGCCCUGCCGGGACCCCCGCCAUCCGGGGACACCGCUGCGGCCGCUGCUCCGCAGCCGCCACCAACCUCGCAGCCGUCUCAGCCGUCGCGCCCCACCGCCGAGUUGGCUGCCGCCGCCGCGCUGCGCUGGGCUGCCGAGCCCCAGCCCGGGGCGCUGCAGGCGCCGCUGGCCAAGCCAGAUUUGACUGAAGAGCGACUUGGGGACAGCAGCAUGGCAGACAACACAGAGACCUUCAGCGACAAAGACACCGACCAGAGGAGCUCCCCAGAUGUUGCAAAAAGUAAGGGCUGCUUCACCCCCGAGAGCCCUGAGAUAGUGUCGGUGGAUGAAGGUGGGUAUGCAGUCCAGAAAAACGGCAGCAACUCCGACAGCCGCUCCGACAGUCCCAAGUACCAUGGGGAACAGAAUCACCUUCUGAUCGAGGGCCCCUCAGGGACCGUGUCUCUGCCCUUCAGCUUGAAAGCCAACAGACCCCCACUGGAAGUGUUAAAGAAAAUAUUCCCCAACCAGAAGCCCACAGUGCUUGAGCUGAUCCUGAAGGGCUGUGGGGGAGACCUGGUGAGCGCCGUGGAGGUCCUGCUCUCCAGCCGAUCCUCAGUCUCCGGGGCUGACCGAACUUCAGCAGAGCCGGAGAGUCUGGUGUUGCCCUCCAAUGGGCACAUCUUCGAACACACCUUGAGCUCCUACCCCAUCUCCUCUUCCAAAUGGUCAGUGGGAUCAGCCUUCAGAGUCCCAGACACUUUGAGGUUUUCUGCUGACUCGAGUAACGUUGUCCCCAACCCCUUGGCCGUCCCCCUGCAGCACCCUUUCCCCCAGCCACCCCGGUACCCACUCAUGCUGAGGAAUACUUUGGCAAGAAACCAGUCGAGCCCGUUUUUGCCCAACGAUGUCACCCUGUGGAACACCAUGACGCUGCAGCAGCAGUACCAGCUGAGGUCCCAGUACGUCAGCCCGUUCCCCAGUAACUCUGCCAGCGUCUUCAGAAGCUCGCCUGUCCUCCCCACUCGCACCCCAGAAGACCCUCGGAUCUCCAUCCCUGAUGAUGGCUGUCCGAUUGUGUCAAAGCAGUCCAUUUACACUGAGGAUGACUAUGACGAGAGGUCUGACUCCUCAGACUCCAGAAUACUCAACACAUCAUCUUAA